CGCAGCCCAGCAGGUACCCGCUCCUGCACCUGUUUCUCCUGCACCUGACGUGCAGCUGCUCCUAUCCACCACUCCUGGCCUGAGCCGUGCCCAGCGCAGCACCCCGGAGCCACCCCUAACUCCCCCAGUUUCACCCUCCUGGGAGGCUCCUACACUCAGCUCCUUCUCUAGGGAAGGGCUCGCCUCCAGCCUGGAGCAAUCGGGAUUACAGCAGGGCCUGGUGUGCAGCGGGCAGAGCGUGGGAAGGAUGUCCGAGGCCUGGAUGCUGGGUGACCUGGGCAAGCUCUUCACUUUUCUGCAGCUCCAAGGGGCCUGGAAUGAAUGAUCUCACAGCUUCCUACCACCCUGAGCAGCAAUGAUCCGAUUGUCCCACCACCCACUCUGGCUGGCUCGGAAGGCUUUCCCAUCUGUUGACUUCGGCCGCCCCUUCUCUGGGCCCUUCUCUCUUCUCACCCUCUCCAAAAGCAUUGCAUCCCUGAAUCCUGGGCUCAUGCCAUCCUACCUUUAAUUCUUUCAGUCCUGGGCUAUUAAAACAGCCCACGACUAUGAGUCUAGAGCGGGCUGGUCCAUGGGCGGCCGCUUCUCCCACUGACCCCUUCUCUUUCCACCCAGUUCCAGCAGAAAGCCCCACCCUCUCGCCUCAGGGAGCGCCAUGACUGACGUUGGUUGGUGGAAACUAACCUUUCUCCGAAAAAAGAAAUCCACUCCCAAGGUGCUGUAUGAGCUCCCAGACACCUAUGCCCAAACAGAGGGGGGCACAGAGCCCCCACGGCCCGAGGGAGGCGGCCCCAGCAGUGACUUUAACACCCGCCUGGAGAAGAUUGUGGACAAGAGUACAAAGGGCAAGCAUGUCAAAGUUUCCAACUCAGGCCGAUUCAAGGAGAAGAAAAAAGUCCGUGCCACGCUGGCAGAGAACCCUAACCUCUUCGAUGACAAGGAGGACAAAGGACAGUGAAGGAGGCCCAGGAGGAUGCUAGCACCUCCCGGCUUCCUGCCAUCAGCCAGGUUGGAGAUAGAGCACGCCACGCUGGCCCCUUUGGCCACAGCUGACAUCUUGGGGCAGUUGAUGCCUGCGGGCAAGGAAAUGCCUGGUUUUGGGGGUUUAUAUCCAAGUGCCCCAUCUUUAUUUAAGGCCUGGGAGAUCCCAGGGUCCUCCCACCAUCUCCCUGGCCACCAACACAGGGUUGAAAACUCCCACCCCGGAAGGACAGUCCUCCUUGAAGCAAUGGCAGUGCCAGCAAGGAGGUGGGCAUGGUGAGGAACACAGAGAGGAAGCCGGAGAGACUUCAUCCCCUCCCUGGGCACAGGGUCAAGGGUGAGUUUGGAUUGCUGCUCCACGUGAUGGGGGGCGGUUGCCUCAGAGGCAGAGGCGGAGACAAUGAACUUGAGCUCACCUCCAGACGCAAGUUGUAAACUUCCUGGAACUUCGCCCCCAAGUGCGGAGGGGGAAGAGGACCCUGGCACUCCGAGGGGGAGCUGCGGAUGGCAGAUUAGUGAGCCCAUGGGUUCUGGCUUUGUCUACCACCACGGUGGGUGCCAAGCUAUGCACCUCAAAGGGAAAGUCUACUUGCCCAUCGGUCCUUUACUAGGGGCUGAGUGGGGAAGCUCUGCUCUAAAAGCAGCCAGUUUCCUCCUCUAUGAUCCCUACUAGUAUUUGAGACAGACCAGCCCCAGAGAUGAGCCCUGGAGCUUGAGUUUUGUUUAAAAAAUUAAUUGCUGGUUUCUCUCUUUGUAAUAAACCAUGCCACAAAAGAAGAGAACCCAUUUACACUCCUGUCCUGCAUUUAUUGAGGUGACUUUUUUCAUGCCUUUAUCUCCCUUCAUGUUAAGUUAAGUGGAACUUUUUGCUUGAACCAGGUUUUUCAACUGGAGGAAGGGCCCCCAGGUGUGAAAGUGUAGGAGUGGGGUCCCUAAUUCCACAGCAGGUCGUCCUUAGCAUCUAGGGGAGAGCAGGGGCAGAAGCCGGUUGGUUGGUCCUCUGUGGUCAGUUCUAGCAAACCAUUCUAACAGUG